GGAGACGGCGCCGCGCGGACGCCGCCAAAGUUUGCCGCUUGCGCCCUGCGGAGCGGCGGCCACCGCGGCCCGCGCCGUACCCGGGCCCGCCGGAGCCGCAGCGGGGGCGGCCGAGGAGCGCGGCGCCGGAGCCCGCGAUGUGAGGCGGCGCCGGGCAGCGCGCGCCCCGGUCGGUCCCGAGGCGCCGCGGCCCCUCCUCGCCGGCGCGGCCGCUAAUUGCGAGCGCGGCCUCAUUUGCAUAGGCCGCCGGAGUCCGCUGGAGGCCGGCCAAUCCGCGCGGCCCUGGGCUAAUGGCCAUGCAUUAUUCACCAGCCUAAUUGCUCAGCCCCAUGCGCGGCCCGCGCAGCCGCCGCCGCCGCCGCCGCCGCCCCGCGCCCCGCGCCCCGCGCCCGCCCGGCCGUCCCGCGCCCGCCCCGCGCCGUCUCCGCCGGCCGCCCCGCUGAUGUCGCUGCCCCGCGCGGGGCCUGAGCGCCGCUAGCAGCAUGUCCCGGCGCAAGCAGGCCAAGCCCCAGCACCUCAAGUCGGACGAGGAGCUGCCGCCGCCGGACGGGGCUCCCGAGCACGCCGCCCCGGGGGAAGGCGCGGACGACGCGGACAGCGGGCCCGAGAGCCGCAGCGGGGGCGAGGAGACCAGCGUGUGCGAGAAAUGCUGCGCCGAGUUCUUCCAGUGGGCGGACCUCCUGGAGCACCAGCGGAGCUGCCCCAAGCUCCCGCCCGUGCUCAUCGUGCACGAGGACGCGCCCGCGCCGCCCGCCGAGGACUUCCCCGAGCCUUCGCCCGCCAGCUCCCCCAGCGAGCGCGCCGAGAGCGAGGCGGCGGAGGAGGCGGGGGGCGCGGAGGGCGCGGAGGGCGAGGCCCGGCCCGUGGAGAAGGAGGCCGAGCCCAUGGACGCGGAGCCCGCGGGGGACACGCACCCGCCCCGGCCCCCGCCCGCGGCCCCCGCGCCCCCCGCACCCGCCUACGGCGCGCCGAGCACCAACGUGACCCUGGAGGCGCUGCUGAGCACCAAGGUGGCCGUGGCGCAGUUCUCACAAGGCGCGCGCGCGGCGGGCGGCUCGGGCACAGGUGGCGGCGUGGCGGCGGCGGCCGUGCCCCUGAUCCUGGAGCAGCUCAUGGCCUUGCAGCAGCAGCAGAUACACCAGCUGCAGCUCAUCGAGCAGAUCCGCAGCCAGGUGGCCCUGAUGCAGCGCCCGCCCCCGCGGCCCUCACUCAGCCCCGCGGCCGCCCCGAGCGCCCCGGGCCCGGCCCCCACGCAGCUGCCGGGGCUGGCCGCGCUCCCGCUCUCGGCCGGGGCCCCCGCCGCCAACCCCGCAGGCUCAGGCCCUGUCGCCCCGGCUGCCUUCGAGGGCGCGCAGCCCCUGUCCCGGCCUGCGUCCGGCGCCAGCACCCCCGGCGGCCCCACCGAGCCCAGCGCCCCCGUGGCCCCCAGCGCCGCCCCCGCUGCCCCGACCCCGGCGCCGCAGAGCAGCGCAGCCUCCUCGCAGCCCCAGAGCGCGUCCACACCGCCCGCGCUGGGCCCCGGGUCUCUGCUGGGCGCAGCGCCUGGCCUGCCAAGCCCGCUUCUACCUCAGACCUCCACCAGCGGAGUCAUCUUCCCCAACCCGCUGGUCAGCAUCGCGGCCACAGCCAACGCCCUGGACCCACUGUCCGCGCUCAUGAAGCACCGCAAAGGCAAGCCGCCCAACGUGUCGGUGUUCGAGCCCAAGGCCAGCGCCGAGGACCCGUUCUUCAAGCACAAAUGCCGCUUCUGCGCCAAGGUCUUCGGCAGCGACAGCGCGCUCCAGAUCCACCUGCGCUCGCACACAGGUGAGCGGCCCUUCAAGUGCAACAUCUGCGGGAACCGCUUCUCCACCAAAGGCAACCUGAAGGUGCACUUCCAGAGGCACAAGGAGAAGUACCCGCACAUCCAGAUGAACCCAUACCCGGUCCCCGAGUACCUGGACAACGUGCCCACCUGCUCGGGCAUCCCCUACGGCAUGUCGCUACCCCCCGAGAAGCCCGUGACCACCUGGCUGGACAGCAAGCCCGUGCUGCCCACCGUGCCCACGUCCGUGGGGCUGCAGCUGCCGCCCACUGUCCCCGGCACGCUGGGCUACACCGACUCCCCUAGCGCCACCCCCGCCAGCCGCUCCCCACAGAGGCCCUCGCCCGCCUCCAGCGAGUGCGCCUCCUUGUCCCCCGGCCUCAACAACCCUGAGUCCGGCGUGGCGGCCACCGCCGAGUCCCCACAACCGCUCCUGGCCGGGCCACCCCUAACUAAAGCCGAGCCGGUUAGCCUGCCUUGCACCAACCCGAGGGCCGGGGACGCUCCUACAGGAGCGCAGGCCGGCACCGGGCCCACGGCCACUGCCGCCACGGACAGCGCGACCACAAGCCUCGGGAGCCCCGGGCUCCCCGCCGUCUCCGAGCAGUUCAAGGCCCAGUUUCCCUUCGGUGGGCUGCUGGACUCCAUGCAAACGUCAGAAACCUCGAAGCUGCAACAGCUGGUGGAGAACAUCGACAAGAAGAUGACGGACCCGAACCAGUGCGUCAUCUGCCGCCGCGUGCUGAGCUGCCAGAGCGCCCUGAAGAUGCACUACCGGACGCACACGGGCGAGCGGCCCUUCAAAUGCAAGAUCUGCGGGCGCGCCUUCACCACCAAGGGCAACCUCAAGACGCACUUCGGCGUGCACCGCGCCAAGCCGCCCCUGCGCGUGCAGCACUCCUGCCCCAUCUGCCAGAAGAAGUUCACCAACGCCGUGGUGCUGCAGCAGCACAUCCGCAUGCACAUGGGCGGCCAGAUCCCCAACACGCCGCUGCCCGAGGGCUUCCAGGACGCCAUGGACUCCGAGCUGGCCUACGACGACAAGAACGCCGAGACGCUGAGCAGCUUCGACGAUGACAUGGACGAGAACUCCAUGGAGGACGACGCGGAGCUCAAGGACGCGGCCGGCGACCUGUCCAAGCCGCUCCUGCCCUACGCGGGGUCCUGCCCGCCGUCGCCGCCCUCGGUCAUCUCCAGCAUCGCCGCUCUGGAGAACCAGAUGAAGAUGAUGGACUCGGUCAUGAGCUGCCCGCAGCUGGCCGGCCUCAAGUCCGUGGAGAACGGGUCUGGGGACAGCGACCGCCUGAGCAACGACUCGUCGUCGGCCGUGGGCGACCUGGAGAGCCGCAGCGCGGGCAGCCCCGCCCUGUCCGAGUCCGAGUCCUCGCCGGCCCUGUCGCCGGCCCCCAGCAACGGCGAGAGCUUCCGCUCCAAGUCCCCAGGCCCCGGCGCCCAGGAGGAGCCCCCGGAAAUCGCGCUCAAGACUGAAAGGCCCGACAGCCCGCCCCCCGCCCCGAGCCUCGGAGGCGCCCCCGGCCGCGCGGGCAUCAAGGAGGAGGCGCCCUUCAGCCUGCUGUUCCUGAACCGAGAGCGGGGUAAGUGUCCCAGCGCUGUGUGUGGUGUCUGUGGCAAGCCUUUUGCUUGCAAGAGCGCGUUGGAAAUCCACUACCGCAGCCAUACGAAGGAGCGGCCGUUCGUCUGCGCGCUCUGCAGGCGGGGCUGCUCCACUAUGGGUAAUUUAAAACAGCACUUGCUGACGCACGGAUUGAAAGAGCUGCCUUCUCCGUUAUUUGACCCCAACUUUGCUCUAGGUCCCAGCCAAAGCACUCCUAGCCCGGUCUCCGGCGCCGCGCCCACCAUGAUCAAAAUGGAAGUGAACGGCCACGGCAAGGCCAUGGCGCUGGGCGAGGGGCCCCCGCUGCCCACGGGCGUCCAGGUCCCUGCUGGGCCUCAGACACUGAUGGGCCCCGGCCUGGCGCCCAUGCUGGCUCCCCCGCCGCGCCGGACGCCCAAGCAGCACAACUGCCAGUCGUGCGGGAAGACCUUCUCCUCGGCCAGCGCCCUGCAGAUCCACGAGCGCACGCACACCGGGGAGAAGCCGUUCGGCUGCACCAUCUGCGGCCGGGCCUUCACCACCAAGGGCAACCUCAAGGUGCACAUGGGGACGCACAUGUGGAAUAACGCCCCCGCGAGGCGCGGCCGCCGCCUGUCUGUGGAGAACCCCAUGGCUCUCCUAGGGGGUGAUGCCCUGAAGUUCUCUGAAAUGUUCCAGAAGGACCUGGCAGCCCGGGCAAUGAAUGUUGACCCCAAUUUUUGGAACCAGUAUGCUGCAGCCAUCACUAACGGGCUGGCCAUGAAGAACAAUGAGAUCUCCGUCAUUCAGAACGGAGGCAUCCCUCAGCUCCCCGUGAGUCUCGGGGGCAGUGCCCUGCCCCCGCUGGGCACCAUGGCCGGUGGGAUGGACAAGGCGCGCACCGGCAGCAGCCCACCCAUCGUCAGCUUGGACAAAGCAGGCUCGGAAACAGCAGCCGGCCGCCCGUUCACACGGUUUAUCGAGGACAACAAGGAGAUUGGGAUCAACUAGCCCGUGACUCGCGCGUCCGUCCUGCCCAGGCCCGGGGCUGGAGCAUCAGGCGUCUGACCUCUCCUGCCUCAGUUCUCCUGAGUUUCACACGUAGCAGAACACGCUUUCACCGUGUGGCUGCUGAGAGGCGGUCUUGGAAGCAAUGCAUGGUGCUCUCAGCGGCAAGCCUGACUGUCCUUGAGAACUCUGCAAUCUUUUAAAUAAGUUUCCGUCAGAAAAAGUGCUUGAAAAACCGUCUUAGGACCAGAAAGAGCUCACAACAUGUCCCCUUCCUUUCCCCUAAAACCGACUAAUCUCUAGAGGGAGAAACGGUCCCCUGCAGUAUUCCAGUGAAACUCAUCCGAUGGUUUCGUUUGACUGAGACACUUGAACUAUGUUUUUUAGAACGCUUCAUCGCAGAGACGUGGUUUAGAUCUCCCCAUGCUGUAUAUGAUAACAGUAUCUUCGUCUGUAGUAUUUAUAAUGUUAAGAUUAUGCGGGUAACAGACAAUAUACUAGCCCGAUCUUAAAUGAAGCUUUUGUACCGCAGAAUACAUCUGGCUAUGUGAUUUUGUUUUUAAAGCAAGGUUUGUUUUACUAAAGAUAAGUGAAUUAUUUCAAUGCAGGCAAAGUUGUGAAGUUCCGUUGGGAAAGAUAGCAUGCUUUUUGUGUGCAAGUACCUGUCAGUAACAAGCCUUUUUUUUUUUUUUUUUUUUUAAUUUAAAUGUUUGUAGCUGCUAUGUGGACAGUUGUUUCCUAGUGUGGUCUGUAGCCCAGGGACUGGGGAGCAAGUUACAGACAGACAUCACCGUAAAUCACUCACAGCAUUAUAAACAGCUGUGAGAAAAUACUUCACAUUAUCAACACUGUACAAUAAAAAGUAAUGUUUGUAUGAUGUGGUUGCAAACUCUUAAUUUAUACUAUUGCACUUUUAGUAUUUUGUAUUCGGGAGGUUUGUCUAUAAUUUGAAAAUUUAAAAAGAUGUAAAGUAUUUUAUAAAUAGUACUUUGGUUUAAGGAAAAUGGGGGAAAAACCUGUUUCUUGUUUUGUCUUACAGUCAAACAAUAGUGAAAAUCCAUGCCACUUACACAGGAAAGCCACCAAACUUGUCAGCUCCUCAGUAAAACAGGGCCUGCCGUUUCUUAAAAUGAUUUACUUAACUUUUGUACAAAGCCCAUUUAAAAGCUGUGACCACCCCUAAGGAAACCUUGGUGCGUCCAUCCCAGGACGGUGACAUCAGUGCAAGCCAGGAAGGCACCUAGAGGACAUUGUGCAGUUCUGAGCUUCAUGUAAGCGGGUCUCUCACACCCACAGACAAGAUUGUGGCUGCCUGGCGGCACUGGUCACAUGGACGGGAAACCCAAGAGAAACAGCAAGUAUCAGGCAGUACAAUCAGUCAUGACUUUGAAAUUUUCCGAGUUCCUGAUUUAUUUAUUAUCUUCUCAGAUGAAAGCAAAGCACAGUGUCCUCUGAUGAUUCAGACACAGCCUGGUGCGGAUGGCCGAGCCUCCAGCCGGGAGGGCCCGGGCGGCGGGGGCGGUGAAGGCGGCGUUGUGUGAACUACCUCAUUUUCGUGUGUUGCAAGUGUGCUGCGUCUGACACUAUGACCUUCCAACAACGGCAGUGUUAAGGGCUGCUCUGGUAGCUGGGUAACAGUGCCAGGAGUUGCGUGCCUGAAGAAAGACCCAGACCGCGGAGUCUUCUCAGUUGAAGCAGAAACAGAACAAUCUUCUCCUAACAUAACCACGGCAGCAGCAAAAGUCACUGUAAGAGGAUGGGCUGUUUCUGCCAGCGUGUCACUGAACAAAGAGGAUCGAAAGCUCAUGAGCUGUUUAUUUCUACUGGACACGAAGUUGGAACUCUACAGCUCUGUUUCCCACGGUGAUGAGAUGUGAC